AUGGGUACGACGAGAUCGGAAGUGAACCACUUGGUUGCUGCUGCAAUAAAGCUGGCCAGUGCGAUCAGACCAGCCGACGAUCCCAAGAACACGACACACAUCGCCAGAUUCAUCCAUGUCCUGAAACAGAUAAAGGGGUUGUCUCUCUCCGCCGAAUCUCUUCGCUCGAGUGCCGUACAAAAGUUGCAGGGUCUGAAAAACCAUAGGAGCCAAAAGAUACGGACAGAGAUUUUGGAGAUGUUUGAAGCGGCGAAUAAAUCGGCCGACGCGGCCAACGUGAAGGGCAUUCUCUUGGGACAGGCAGAGACGUCUCGAUGCGUAGAAACAAUGUCAAAGCUAACGGCUUUUUCGGUAAGGAGGAAAGUUCUUGAAGAAAACCGCCUCGUGGAGAAGCUUCAACAUCUCACCAAGCAUAAGAACCGCAAGAUUCGCUCUGCCGCAUCUCAUCUGCUUCACCAUUGGAGCGAGAGAACAACGGAUCAAGAACAGAAAGAUUCUGCCCUUAAGAAGAAUCCCGACUGCAAAGCUGUUCAGACAAGGCCUUCCCCUCCUACCCAGAUGAAGAAGAAGAAGCUGCAGCAGAAUGAUCCGAUGGAAGUUUCCGGAAAGCCGAGGGAAUCAGCGGUGGAAAGGGUCGAGAACAAGAGAGAGGGAUCAAUGGAAAGAAGUGAUGUAUUGGAGGUGUUUGAAAUAGCAAAGAAAGCAGCAGAUGCGGCCAAUGUGAAAGGCAUGCUCUUGGGUGAAUCCGAGGCAUUGCGAUGUGUGGAUGCUCUGUCAAAGCUCAAGACUUUACCUGUGGAGAUGGGGAUUGCGGAAGCAAACCGUUUGAAAAAGAGACUGGAGAAUCUCACGAAGCACAACAACAGAAGGAUCCGCUCUUCUGCCACUGCCCUUCUUCGGCAUUGGAGGAUCCAACGUACGGCCGUGCCUUAG